AUGCCAGCAGACCCAUCAACUCGAAGACGCAAGCAAAAAGCAGCCGUAGCCUGCGACUUCUGCAGGCGAAGGAAGCUCGGCUGCGACAGUGGGAAGCCGUGUAACAAGUGCACCCAGUUUGGAAGAGAUUGCGUAUACUCAGAGCGACCUGCGAAAGAGAGACCAACCAACUCCCGGAUUGCCCAUCUAGCGCAGCAGAAUGAAGAACUGCGAACCUCACUUUCACUGCUUCAGACUCCGCCGACGCCGGACAGCAGUUCUGGCCUGCAAGACCAAUUCAUCGCUGAACCUGCAGCCGUCUUUCGACAGACGCCGUUCCAUGGCCCUUCGAGUGCCCUGUUUGACAGACAUGGACCGGUCCAUGGACAGCAAUCUGCAAGUUUGGCUACGAGCCAUGAGAGAGAUCACUUGCUCGCGAGAGCAUCAACGCAGCGCCAACUAGAGACCAUGCAUGUCGAUGGUGGCAUUCUCGCUUAUGGAGACGUCGAACCUGAAUUAUGCAUCCGGCUGCUCUCUGCCUUCUGGAGUCGUCAACACUAUACAGGGACUGUCGUCUACCGUCCAACAUUCAUGCGAGACAUGGCCUGCUACGGACCGUACUUCACACCAUUACUACUUAACGCCAUGCUGUUCAUCGCUUCUAAGCAUUCUCCCCGUACACUGUCGCUCGAUCAGGCAUCCGAUUUCUGUGAAGGCGGUCCUGUCUUUCGAAGGAAGGCCGAGGAGAUGCUUUAUGACAAAGAGACCCAAAUUCUUUGCAAGAGUAGAGUCACGACCAUACAGGCGCUUUUGCUCAUCUCGGAUGCUCUUUUCUCCUGGUGUGACGAGAGAAGCCUUUCUUGGCACUACCUGGGAAUCGCGAUCAACAUGAUCGUUGAUCUUGGCCUACACACUGUUCGUUCAGACUUCUAUCGGUCAGGCUCUGUUGAAAGUGGUGAGGUCGGUCGACGGUUAUUCUGGGCAGCAUUCAUUGCCGACAAGGUACAAUCGAUCUACCAAGGGCGUCAGUGUCGACUACGAGUUGCGGAUAGCAACGUUCCGAUAUCGUUCUUGGAUGAGUACGAGGAGUUGGAGCCCUUCAACACGGUCACGUUCGCUGCUAUUGCCACACAAACUUGCAUUCCCACUCGCGCAGUCACUACAUUCGAGCAAACAUGCAAGCUCAGCGUCAUCGCUGAGAGCAUUUUGUCGACUCUUUACGCUGAGAAGGCCUCCAGCACUGGUGUUGAAGAGCUCCUAGGUGCCGCUCGAGGAUUGCACGGCGACCUAGAGAGAUGGAAAGCUUCAUUGCCAUCACACCUUAAUUUGGACUGGAAUAAUCUUAGGUGGUUCAAUGUCCUGCCACACACGCUGGCUUUAAUGGCGAUGUACCAAUCUCUAUCCAUCCUUCUCCAUCGCCCCUUCGUCUCGGGUGGCCACAUUGGAAAUGUCUCGGACCCAAGCGUCGACUCUGCCUUCUCGACGAGCAUGAAGGCAGCAAAGGAGAUCGACAAGAUUCUGCGGCUUUAUGUGGAGCACUUCUGCGUCAAGAGCUGCCCGUACUUCUUGUCAUACGCAACCUAUGUGAGCGCGACCAUCCACGUGAGGUUAGCUGCGCAGCAUGCCACUGGCUCAAGAGCACACCAAUCGCUACGCUUCUGUCUAGAAGUACUUUCUGAACAGCAGACAAGAUGCCACGCGCCCAGACAAUCUAUGGCAAUUCUCUUAGGACUUAUGAAGCGUCUGAACGUGGACGUUGGGAAGACUUUCGUGGCCGCGAAGCCUCGUUCUGAAGGCAUGGAGGGUUGUCAGGUCGAUUACCCACUGGAAGGCACAGGACGAGAUGAUUUUCUGGGGAACAAUCAGAACCUAACGACGGAUACAAUGUUGUCUCUCGACGAUGAUUUGGCCGACUAUGACCUGGACGCCAUCAUGAAGACCUUUGACUUUUCGCCCCAAGGACUGCUUUCCACUGACGAUUGUGACCCGGAGACCAGCUUGCUAUCAGCGAAUCAACACGAGAACCAGCGAGGAAACAACGUCAUUCACUCUACAAGCAUGCUUGUUGCAGACGAAUGCCUUCAAAAUUCCUUGAAUGGCCCUUUCACUUUCGAUCCACUCUUUGGUCUCGAUGCACCCAAUUUCGACGCGAACGCAAGCUUCAUUUGA